UUGAGAAGGAGCAUAACCUUCGCUGUUGGACUCACUGUCACGACUAAAGUGGGAGAAACGCUUUCGCUUUUCAGCCGAUUUCCGACUUGCGAGUCCUGCUUCGAGAUAGUCUCCACCAGAGUCUCGAUCACGUUGGAUCCGCUCGUUCGACCGAUCGACCUGUUUCUCUUUUAACAGGCCAGCUUCUCAGUUUUUAGUCGUCCCUCCGUCACGAUCCUCGUAAUCGAUACUGCGGUCGUGACAAUUCGUGAAUCUUGUCGCGUAGAAACCGUGAAAUGACAUCCUGCAGCCUCGUCAUCGGGAUAUCGUGAGACGAACCGUUAUUCUCAUAAAAAAAUUACUUUCUCAAGGGAGAAGCGCGAUUUUAACUGGAUCCCUCGAGUAAGUGAAUUUUCAGAGUUCGUUCAAGAGUAACAAAGCUCUGUCAGCGAUCCCAUGGAGCGGCUAGGAGACCAGGAUGCCUGCACCGUUCCAAGCAAAUCGAGAGAAUUGCCGCAAUUGAAGAUAGGCAGCUCCGUGUUGAAGGCCGAUUUCGACGAAGGCGAUGACUUCUACAAGGAAAAGACGAAGAACGAGUUACGCGAGACGCCAGAGGUCAUGGAACAGGCGUUGAAGGACUUCAAGGCGAUGUUCAAAGAUGAACCCGAUCUGUUCGUGCCGGAUGACGAUGAAUUUUGUCGGAAGUUCCUACGACCUUGCAAAUGGUACCCGAAAAGUGCCUUUGAACUGAUGAAACGGUUUUACAAGUUCAAGAUGAACAAUCCACGCUACUGUUUAAAUCUCUUACCCAGCAACGAGAAGAAGGUGCUGUCUUCGGAUAUGGUGAUUCCGUUACCAGAUCGUAUGGCGGAUGGUUGUAGAGUGUUACAGGUGAACUGUGGGAAAGCAUGGAACACGAAAAUCAUCAGUAUCGAUGAAAUAUUCCGAUCGAUCAUACUGUCACUGGAAGCCGCUAUGGCUGAACCCAAGACACAGAUCGCUGGAAUCCAUGUAAUUUUAAAUAUGGACGGCCUAACAUUGAAUCAUGUGACACACAUCACUCCGAGUUUCGCUGCCUCGGUAACGGAUUGGGUACAGAGAUGUUUACCCUGUCGACUGAAGGGUAUCCACAUAGUGAAUCAACCCUUUAUAUUCAACAUGGUUUACGCUAUCUUCAAACCUUUCCUUCUGGAGAAAACACGCAAGAGGCUUCACUUCCACGGAACAAACAGAGACACUUUAUUGUCUUUGAUCGAUGCGAAAGCUUUGCCGAUUGAGUUUGGUGGCAAACUCGAGAUGCCGAACGAAUCGAUUGGUCAAGGCAUUUGCGAUUAUUUCUGCUGGUUCGAGAAGGACUUCGAAGUUGCCAGUAAAUAUGGAUAUGUGAAGAGUACAAAAUGACGAGGGACAGGGUGUAAUAAGCGUUCAAUUUGAAACGAGGUAACAGAGAUUUUAAGGUAAAGUGAUUGUUUUCAUUGAAUAAGUACAACGAAAUAGGGGAAACGGGUGGUAAGAAUUGAAAGAAAUCACGAUUUAAAUAUCAAAGAAAGAGGAGGUUGGGAGUUCGAAUAGUUAUCAUUAUACAUAGAUGGAUGAUUUUUAUGUUCGCGUUGGAUAAAAUUUAUUUAAGAAAUAAGAAAGAUAGAUAAACGAAUUACAACGAUGGGCGUAUCGAAGUGGUAACGAAGUUAUCUUGUAAUUAUUCUUGUUAUAGAUAAAUAAAUAUUUCGUGAUUUCAAAUGCGACAAAUGUAACGGGCAAUACACGUUGUUAUUAAUAUUGUUACUUGGUUUAAUAAAAUAUAUAAGCAAUAAAUACAUAUAAA